UGUACUCGCUAGAAUUUAGAAGAUUCAGGGGGGAUCUUAUAGAAACUUACAAAAUUCUUAAGGGAUUGGACAGGCUAGAUGCAGGAAUUGUUCCCGAUGUUGGGGAACUCCAGAACAAGGGGUCAUAGUUUAAGGAUAAAGGGGAAAUCUUUUAGGACCGAGAUGAGGAAAACUUUUUUCACACAGAGAGUGGUGAAUCUCUGGAACUCUCUGCCGCAGAAGGUAGUUGAGGCCAGUUCAUUGGCUAUAUUUAAGAGGGAGUUAGAUGUGGCCCUUGUGGCUAAAGGGAUCAGGGGGUAUGGAGAGAAGGCAGGAACAGGAUACUGAGUUGGAUGAUCAGCCAUGAUCAUAUUAAAUGGCGGUGCAGGCUCGAAGGGCCGAAUGGCCUACUCCUGCACAUAUUUUCUAUGUUUCUAUAAUAGUUUAAUUAAAGAUAUACCACACUCACCCCACGGCCGCGCGCACGCGUGGUGAGCGCGAUGCCGCGCGAGCGCUGUCUGGUGGCUCGGUCUGCGCAUGCCCGGUGACGCAGCGCCGUCAGUGCGCAGUGACGGGCUGUGGGAGCGAAGGGACGGCGUCUGGGUCGCGUAAAGCCAGCGCAACGAUAACGUUAAAGACCCCGGUCCAGCCGAGCGGCGAUCGCAGAGUUCCGCCCUCUGGCGCUCUUCACCCGUCCUUGGUUUAAGCCGCCGCCGGCAGAGAGAGAUAAUAGAGAUAAUAGAUAUAAUAGAGAUAAUAGAUAUAUAGUGUGCGUGAGAGAGAGAGCGAAAUAAUUAACUAAGAAAGUGCCGGGCAGGCCCAGGUUCUCCCACCCGCGCGCCCGGCGGCUCCUUCCAACGAAAAGCCCGAGGGGAAAGGCGGAAGGCCUUGUGUGGCCGCCGCGCAUCAAGGAGCAGUCGGCUACGGGGAAGGGAGGAGGGUUAACAUUGGAAAAGAGUUGGUGAGCUGCAGAAAUUAGCACCUGGAGGUAACCGCCCUUCUGCGUGAAUUCUGGGAACCAAGGGAGGCCGUGAAAGGUGUCCCGCCCCCUCGCUCUCGGGUAGGUUUUAGAGGGUUAAAACCUGAACAGGGUUCUCCCAUCUCCCCUCCGAGGAACAAGGUGGGGUGGUAAUCAUAGAUUACCAAUACCCUAUAUAUAAUAUGUAGGUAGGCGUAUUCAGGAUCUCAUAAACAUCGAGGCACCGUGGUUAAUACAAAAAUCAGGACAAAGCUUGAACUCGUCGGUGGAUGUUAUUUAAAAACUGGACGAUUAACGCCGUUCUCUCCGAAGACUAUCGAUUGGUUUGGGUUUGCGGAAAUAGGACGAGAGCUGCGGAUGUUUUUACGUGCGGGAGGCAUGCCAGGGAGAAGGAGAAAACGGUGUGGAACAUGGUCAAGUGUCGACAUCAAGAGACGUCGAGAAACAUCAAGGAUAAGAAGGGAACAAGAGACUGAACAAGAAAAAAUUGAACGUAUCAAGGAUCAACGAGAAAGAGCGCAAAACACAAGGAAUAAAACUCUACGCGAAAGAGAGCAACACAGAAUCAUGCCAAGAAGAGGGAUAAAACGAAAUGCAGGAUUGACAAGGAAGGACGCAACGAGACAUCAAGUUUCAGAAAAGACCAGAAGGGAGCAAGAGAGGCAACAAAUAAGAGCUGAACGUCUCAGGGUUCAACGAGAAAGAAUGCGACACAUAAGUAAUGAAGAGAGGCCCAUUCUUAGUCAUGUGUGUGAGAAAUUGUGGAAUAUACCUCAUCUAACUCUGAAGCCUUUACAGGAAAACAGCAAGGGAAAUAACAGUGGAACAGUUACAGCAUGCAAGUUGAACCGAUGUAGAAACUCCACUACCAUAGAAGGAGUAUCUAAACAUCCUGAAACUUGCAACUGCACUCCUGAUUUGUCUAAAUCCACAAAAACUGAGGGGCCACAGUUUCUUUUGAUCCCACUGCAGUCCAACACUACUGCCCGGCCUGCACAGAAUCUGCAACGUCCAGGUGCGAAACUCUUCCAAUACCCAAAUGGCCAGAUUGUCGAACUUGUGCCUCUACCAAAUUCUGGACCAGUGACUCAACCAAAUCUCCACCAAAAGGUCACUCCUGCUGUAUGGAAUCCAGGCUCAUUGAGUGGGAAUCGUCUGCCUACCCCAACAAAAUUUUGUUCGGUGGCUUCUUCUCCCAGCAUUGUCACUCCAUGUCGUAAAGGGAUAAUACCACAAAGGGGGCCACAUUCAACCACUGUUGUAAAACCAGCCUUCGUUGCUUUGAAGGAAACCUCUACUCCUCAACCCAUUUCUGCAGGAGUGUCAGAAGUACCUGUUAAAACUACUUCACAGCGUACAUUUGUAGCAGUUAAUGGUGUUGGUCAAACUAUCAAUGCAUGGCAUCUUGUUCCCCAUCAGCCACUGGUACUUUCUCUACUGCAGCUGCCUCAAGGACCGAUAAAUAUGACAAAUGUCUUCAUAACUGCUGGACCAUCAUUGACGCUUGUGAAUCAGUCAUCUGGUUUACAGUCAUUUGAAAAAACAGGCUUUGAGAAGACUGCCAACCAGAAUAACAAGUCAGAAGAUAAGUUGAUUGAACCUGGGCUAGAGAAAAUUCAUGUUGCCGAUUCUGAGCUUAUUGAGACAACGGUGACUAAAGGUGUACAAGAUGAGGACCAUGUAAAUGCUGAUCCAUCAUCAGAAGUUAAACAGGAGACUGAUGCAUUUCCUUCCCCGCCUUCAGCUAGUGAGGUGGACGAUGAGGAUCAUACUAUGGACCAUCAAAAUGCAUUAGAACAUCCUACUCCAGCAGUGGUUUCAAAGUUCGACUCAACGUCCAGUGAAGAGGCAAUGGACAUCGAGACUGUGGAGGAGCUCUCUGAGAAAAUCAACAUUGCUCGUCUUAUUGCUUCUGCCUCUCGUCUUACAAGCAAAUCAAACAUCUUGAAAUGCCUCCCGAAUAUUUAUUCAACAAAUCCAUCCAAUGUUGCAUCAUCUGAAUACUAUGCAGAGCCUUUUAAAAUUAUUGUCAAGGAAGAGCCUCCAGAUGACUAUGAAUAUAACCAUGUAGCAAACCCAGUAAUCCUUGAUUGUGAUGGACUAAAAUGUAAAGAUGAGAAGGAAUUUUCAGAUUCAGAAGGAUGGGAUGGUGGAACUAAGUGUGAUUUACAAAAUAAAACUAUGAACAAAAGCUCCAUCAAUGAAGUGGAUGGAACUUCAUCUGCAGCUGCCAAACAGCCACUAAUCAGUCCUAUAGGAGUAGCUAAAUGCCUCCAGAAUAUUUAUUCAACAAAUCCAUCCAUUGUUGCAUCAUCUGAAUGCCAUGAAGAGCCUUUUAAAAUUAUUAUCAAGGAAGAGCCUCCAGAUGACUAUGAAUAUAACCAUGCAGCACACCCAGUAAUCCUUGAUUGUGAUGGACUAAAAUGUAAAGAAGAGAAGGAUUUUUUAAAUUCAGAAGGAUGGUACCGUGGAACUAAUUGUGAGUUACAAAAUAAAACUACGAGCAUAAGCUCCAUCAAUGAAGUGAAUGCAAUUUCAUCUGCAGUUACCAAACCGCCACUAAUCAGUCCUGUAGGAGUAUUUAAAUGCCUCCCGAAUAUUUAUUCAACAAAUCCAUCCAGUGUUGCAUCAUCUGAAUACCAUGAAGAGCCUUUUAAAAUUAUUGUCAAGGAAGAGCCUCCAGAUGACUACGAAGAUAACCAUGUAGUAAACCCAGUAAUCCUUGAUUGUGAUGGACUAAAAUGUAAAAAAGAGAAAGAAUUUUUAGGUACAGAAGGAUGGGAUGGUGAAACUAAUUGUAAUUUACAAAAUAAAACUCGGAACAACAGUUCCAUUAAUGAAGUGGAUGCAACUUUAUCUGCAGUUACCAAGCAGCCACUAAUCAGUCCUAUAGGAGUAGAUAAAGCCAAAAUGCUGAGUGUGGAAAGUACCAAAGUACCUGCAGUUUAUUUUGAGCCAUGCAGUUUUUCAAACGGCACCGUAAAAUUAUCUGAACUGCCACAACAGCUACUGUCUUCUUGUCAGUGGAAACGGGGACCAAUACCCAUAGCUCUCCAGUCCCCCAAUUCUUCAAAAAAACCUACCCAUUCAUCUAGCUCUGCUGAAAAUUCUCAAGUGGAGAAUGCACAUUCAAAAUCCGUAUGCUCCAGACACAAAGAAAGUAGCUCUGCAUCAGAAAAAAAUGUGAAUAAAACCAGUACUUCCACAGUUUCAAAUAAUCCAACUGCUUCACAUGGUACGCCCCCUGAGAAAACCUCUGGAGAAGGUUUCAGAUUUUGUAAGAUGAAAUAUACAGAAAAGGCAUUCAAUUCUGGGAACUGGGGAACUCCACAGGAUGCCUUGCAAUCCCACCUGGUUGAACAUGUACCACAAGACCCGAGCAAUCCCAUUCAUCCGUCAGGGAACUACCAGAUGUGCACUUCAGCUUGGCCAUCCAACCUGAAUCGAAGGAAACAGAAUUUUGGUUCGUUACUAGCAGAUCCCCAAGAAAGUGAAGAGGAAUUUGAACAGCUGGAAGAGCAGUUGCUUGAGGACCUUAGUCAUUUAGACCGCAAAGUUAUUAUGCACCCAUUGCUUGAAGGAGCUGGUCUUAAGCCAAAUUCCUUGCUGUCAACAGUCAACCUGAAACGCUUAGGAGUGGUCAUUUCACCUUCAUCGGCUUCAAUUGUUAGACCUGCUCAAAGAACUUUCUUAGUACUUUCUCCAAUCAAACAAGUCCAAGAACCUUUAGAAGAAGUUUCCUUUGUUUCAAGAACAGGAAAAACAAAUGAUUUCACAAAGUUGAAGGGUUGGAAGCAAAAGCUUGUACAACAAUCAGGAUCUUCUACUUCCAAGCAGACCGAAACAAGUGCAAAACCAGAGUACUCCUUAAAAAAUAGUUCUGUUUUCUCAAGUGACAAAUUGGAUGAAUACCUGGAAAAGGAAGAGAAAAUUAUUGAACAGCGUGCUGCUCUGAGCGUGAGCAAAACAUCAAAAGUUGUAUGUCAAAUUUCCAAAGACAGCAAGCAGAUUGAGAUGACAUCGGGACCUGUCUCGGAUAGCAAAGAUCAGAAGUCCGCAAACAAUGCAAAGGUGGCCUCGACACCAACCACAUCAGCAGCUAAAACCAAUUUGCGGCUGUCCUUUGCACCCACAAGACUUCCUGGGUUAUCCAAAAAGCAGAUUGAGUUAAUGAAUCUGGAGAAUGGUGCCCUCUGGGUUGUGAAACCCUGGACUUGCAUCACAGAGGAGCGAGCAGAUGCAUCCCUUGUUCCUCUGGUAACAGCACAGGAAAACAGUAAGGGAAAUAACAGCGGAACAGUUACAGCAUGCAAGUUGAACAGGUGUAGGAACUCUGCUACCAUAGAAGGGAGUGGAAAUCAUCUAUCUACACCAAUAAAAUCUUAUUCGGUGGCUUCAUCUCCUAGCAGUGUCACUCUAUGUCCUGAAGGGAUAAUACCAAAAAGAGGAAGGCCACGUUCAACCCCUGUUGUAAAACCAGCCUGCGUUGCUUUGCAAACUUCUACACCUCAAUCAAUUUCUGCAGUCGUGUCAGAGGUACCUGUUAAAACUACUUCACAGGCAAAGUUAGUAACUGUUAAUGGUAUUGGUCAAACCAUCAAUGCAGGGCAUCUUGUUCGUCUUCAGCCAGUGGGAUUUCCUCUACUGCAGCUGCCUCGAGAACAGAAAAAUAUAUUAAAUGCCACCAUAACUGCUGGAAAGUCAUUGAAGCUCGCAAAUCAGUCAGCUGGCUCACAGUCAUUUGAAAGAGCAGGUUCCGAGAAGACUGCCAACCAGAAUAAUAAAUCAGAAGAGAAGUUGAUUGAAACUGGGCUAGAGGAGAUUCAUGUUGCCGGUUCUGAGCUUAUUGAGACAACGGUGUCUCAGGAUGUACCAGAUGAGGACCAUGUAAAUGCUGAUCCAUUGCCAGAAGUUAAACAGGCGACUGAUGCAUUUCCUUCCACGCCUUCAGUCCGUGAGGCGGACGAUGAGUUGGAAGAUGAUUCUAUGGACCAUCAAAAUGCAUUUGAACACCCUACUCCAGCAGAAUUGGUUGACCAUUCAUACACCAGUGAAAAACAUAUUGUGGAAGAAGAAAAUGAAAAAUCUGUACUGGAUAAUUCCACAAGAACUGGUAAAGGAAGUUCUGUUGAUAAAGAUUCUUCCAGAUCUAACCGUGAAGUGGUUGAUAAGGAAACGGAGGAAAUGCCCAGUAUGGAGGAGAAAAAUUGGUUGCAAGAUGAACAGGUGGAAGUGGAGAUGGAAGAUAAAAAAUGUUGGUUUGAAGCAAGUACAUUUAAUGUUCCAGCUAAAAGGGAAGAAGAUAUGCUAAAAAAUCCAGAGAAUGACGAAUUAGACUUUCAUCAAAGAUUACUGCAAUAUGAAAACUUUAUGGACUCAGAUAAAGAUACUGACUCUCAGAGUGAUCUGGAGGAUGGUGACAGUCAAAGUGAUGCAGAGAAAAUUGACAUUGAGAGAAUGUUCGACUCAACCUCCAGUGAAGAGGCAGUGGACAUCGAGACUGUGGAGGAACUCUCUGAGAAAAUCAACAUUGCUCGUCUUAUUGCUUCUGCUUCUCGCCUUACAAGCAAAUCUAAAUGCCAUUUCCACAACCCAUACCUUACAAAUAAAUCGGAUGAGGAGGAGGAGGGUGACAUCAAAUCCAAGCCAAAACACAUUGCUCAUCUCAGUAAGGAAGCGAAAGAUCGGCUGGAUGCUCUAGUAGUGUAUCUGACUGCUCACACAGUAAAUGAGCGACGGAGGCGUUCUAAGAAGCGACACCUCUUUGAAAAGUUGAAGAGUACUUUGGCCAUUCGUGGGGAGGAGAAGGUUUCAAAAUACUUUAUCCUGAAGCAGGCAUUUGCAGAAAUCCAGAAUCUGCAGAAUUAUUCUGAUUGUUUAUCAGCUGGGAAAAGUAUCCAGACUCGCAGAAGGGAUUUUCUUAUUCGAAAAGUCUCUCUAUUGACAGGGAAGACUGAGGAAGUUAUUUUGAAGAAACUGGAAUAUAACUGCGCAAAGCAGAGAGCACUAGAUGUUGAGAAGAGAACGUCCAUGCAGGAAGGAGAUGACGCAAGUGAACAGCAUUCCGUCAGUUGGAAUACAGCAUCUAUAUCUUCUAUGAACGUUCUACAGAAGGUGGCCAUGGAUUUGCAAAUCCAGAAACCACCCAAUGCCAUGAUGCUAUGUAGUGGACAGGACUUAAUGUCUGAGGGUGGUCGUGCAAGGCCUCUUAUUCUCACCAGGAAACAUUCAUCAACUCCCCAGUCUUCAACCUCCUCCAUCCCGCUGACAACUGGAAGUUUGCUGAUGACACCACAGGAUCACGUUCCGACUUUAAAGGGUCCUCUUAUUUCGGGCCAAACUCCAUUCUUCACUGCUGAGGGACACCCAAGUGAAAACCAGUCCAAGGGAGAUGGUGUUAGUGGAACAAGUAUUGCAGAUGAUGAAGUGUCUUCAUUCAUGAUGCCGAGAAUAGUGAAUGUAAUGUCAUUGGCAACUGGCGAAUCCCUAUUGCUGAAUCUAGAAGAAGCGAAUGAUUCUUGUGCACUGGUUCCACAGCCACGUGAUUUCAGCGUGAAAGGGAGGAAGCAUACAUCACAACAGCUUAAUCCUAUGACCAGUAAGAAACCAAGUUUGCCCAUUAUAAAGAGCAACUCGCAGUCAUCUGGGCAGUUUACUGCACCUGAUGAAAGUGAGGCCAUGUCAUUUCUUGUUUCAUCAGAGGCCACAGAAUCCAAAUGUGCUCAGCAACAAAUCCAACAGACUGCAGAUUCUCAUUCAAUGAAUGCUGACAAUAACGCUGAGUUACCCAAAGCGCUGGAUCUGUCUGGUUUGCCUGAUGGAACCGCAGUGUCUUGUGCGAGGCAUUCUUGGAAUCAAGAUUUGGUCCCAGGAGAGUCGACAUCUGUGACUGAGACAAUACUUGGAGAUAAAUUGGAACUGCAGGUUAUGAGUGGCCGAUUGCAGGCAUGCAGUAAGGACAAAGCUGGUGGGCAGAGUGACAGAGAUGCAGAACUAUCAGCAUCUCAGCUCCUCAAACCAUUGUUGAAAGCAAAUGGCUCAGCAACUGGUGACAUGAUGGACACUGAGGGAUAUGAGCCAUUCACUUCACUUUUAAACGAGCUUGCAUUUUUAAAUCAUCAUUUCUCCGAUGAAGAAAGUCCAGAUACAUCAAUGUCAGACCACCACACAUUGGGCUUUAUUGGCAGUGGAAACCAAGGGGACAGCAUGGAUGAAUUGUUGAUCAAUGGACCAGUAAGACUGAUGGACAUCGAUGCUGUUGACAGUACGACAGCACUGAAGCAAGUGGAAGGGAGGGAGAGUGGUGGCUCCACCAGUCCCCUGGUGUUGCAGCUGGAAGGAGAAGACUUGAAUGUUGAACAAUUGCUUGCCGAUGAGAUGCCUGUGGAUUCCCAGAGUGAGUUAGAUAAUUGCACACUGGACUUUGAGGGCGACUUUACAAGUGGUUCAAACAGUUCAGUAAACGUUUCUCCUCCGCCACUCAUCCAUAUGAAGACAACUUCCUCUUCAACAAACACAGAGAUCCCAAGUUCUUCGGAUCUGCUCUGGAGACCCAUGCCUAAGCUGGCACCAUUUGGUUUAAUUAAGGGGUCUGGGAAAGGUGAAUCAUCAGACCAGACUGAGUCAGAAUCUGAGAUUUCUCCAAAGAGUAGCAAGCCUAUGCCUGCUUUGGCUCGAAUCUCCUCCCCACAACAAACCAGCAUGGAGGGUCCAGAAGUUGCUUCGGAAGAACACAAUAACUUCAAAAUGACUACAUAGUUGCUUCUUGAAUGCUCAUAGUAAUUUUACGAAAAGCAAAAGUAUGUUCGAUCUCUCCAAUGGGGAGUUUAAAUAUAAAAUUCAGGUUUGGA